AUGUCGAGCCUGCCCCUGCUCGCCCGCGAACAAACAGUAGGAGGAGGCAGCAUCGGCGGCGGCGGCGGCGGCGGCGGCAUGACUCUACCUCUUCUCCUCGGCAUCGCCAUCGGGGGCGGCGUCCUCCUCUUCAUAUGCCUCGCCUUCCUCCUCGUCGCAAUCGCCCGCCGCCGCCACCGCGCCGUGGCCCAAGCCCCCUCCGCGACGCCCGGAGUCAGACUCGACCUUGAAUCAGACGGCAGCUCCGUCCGCACGACGCGCCCGCGGCGCCUGGUGAAGCAGAACCCGGGAGAGGUGUACACGCAUAUGGAAGAGGUCCAAAGUAAACCGCACCACUCCCUCUCGUCUCUCGUCCUCCCGUGGAGCGGCGUCUUUUCCGUGUGUGGCGGGUCGGCCAAGGCCGGCAAUGGGCAGCAGCGCGGCGGUCACCUGCGGAGGAACAACAGCUGGAUCGACGAGGACGCCAUCCACGGGCCGAGGGUGCAGAACGACGGCAGGAGGUUGAGCGUCCGGGACAGCUUCAUCCUCCGCACGCCGACGCUGCCGGAUAUGUUCGGGCACGAGAACAAGGACGACUUCAAGUUCCCGGAAGACCACAACAACUACUCCCUUCAGCAGCCUCGCCUGGUGAGCCUGCCUACGCAGCGUGGUGCCCACCCGCUCCAGAUGCCGUUACGGAGAACGCCGUCCUACGAGUUGGCGGAGAAACUGGCCGCCGUGGCGAGAGGCGGCGCCCCUCCGGGACCCCAGAGCUUCCAGGGCUUCCAGACCUUCCAGGGACCACAGGGAGCCCAGGGGCCGCGUCUGAUGCCGUUGCAGCGGCUACGGCACAGGACUACCGAGUCGGACCUCGCCGAGAUCCUGAGGUCGACAGAGCAGAGGCUGCAGAACGGGACACCCAGCAACAGUCGGCCGGCGACCCGGCAGCGAGCCGCAUCCGCAUCGGCAGGAUCGAGCAUCAAAACCCAGCAGGUGUCGCCCACCAAGUCGAACUCUCCUGUCAAGGCACAGCCGCCAGCCGGCUCGCAGUCUCCGGUGAAGAUCCAGGUUCCGCAACACGUCGCUCACGCCUUGAGCAUGAGCGCGAGCAGGCAGGGGGCUCGCACGCCCAGCCCCUCCAAGCGUAGGGUCGCCGCGAUGCAUGCCGACACCCGGCCGCAACACCUCCGGGACGUUUCGCAAUGUUCAGUAUCCUCGGACGCAGACAGCUUGUUUGGAGAGACGACUCCCGAGAUGGAACAAGUGUCGCCCACUGGGUUGUCGACCCCGAGCAGACGAUCGGGCAACACUACCCCGACCAAGCCCGCCGGCAACGGCAAGACGGCGGAGUCUCCCGGCAGCGACGCCUCGUCGUCCCUCUCGACCCUGUACAGCAUCAACGAGCCAGAGGACGACAGCAAGACCGGCGGCACGGGACAACCGCAGGGUAUCGUCCGCAGCCGGAAGCCCAAAGGCCUCAUCAUCGACACCAAGAUGUGCGACCCGUUCGUGGCCUCGGCACCCGACGUGCCUCUCAGAAGCCCCAGGCGUCAGACGCCCAGCUUCCCGCCCUUGCAACACCCCACGCCACAUCAAGAAGACGUGGUGAAGGAGACCGUAGUCCACGUGCCAAACCACCCGAGGUCCGCCAGCAACUCCCCGGUACGGGCAUCGUUGGAUGCGGCGAAGCGCAGCAGCGUUGUCGACCAGAGUCAGACGCAGGGUUCAAUAGUGAUGUAUCAGCCAGAUAUGAUACCGUCUCCCGAUACCGUCCGCCCGAAGAGCGUGAUGCCGAUGAAGCCGGUCUUCUUUGUCUCUAACACGGUCGUCAGUAUGAAGGCCAGCCCUGGUACCUCUCCCGAGGACAACAACCAGCCCGCAAUUCCCAGCAAUAGAUUGACGUUCGGCCAGAAGGGCACCGUCCUCCCGCCCCCCGUGGACUCGAUGCCAAGCCAGGGAUUACCAGUUCGUAGUAGUGCUGAACUGGGCAGCCCAGAAUCGGUGCCCCGUGGGGGUGCCUCCCCAACAGUACGCAGUGACUCGCGGCCCUACACGCCUACCUCCCCAACGCGAAAAGACAUGCCCAGUCCCGCUCUUUCGGCCGGAUCUCACGCGCCUGUGAGAUACAAAAGACGCGGCGGAGAUAGUCCUGUGCGGGACCGUAGCCUCUCCCGCCAGCCACAUGUUCGCAACCGCAGCGCCGACCACGUGCUAUCGGUUUCCAAUCAUCCCUCCAUCUUGCUGAAGCCGGCGGACUUACCCAUGCGAAGCCCACAACACCGGGACUUUGGGGCAAUGGGGCACCCGAUGGGGCUCCAGGCGACUGUGGCCCAGCUCCGCCGAAUGAACAGCCAGAUGAGUACCUUCAGCGUCGGGUCGUCCGUAUCCGACCCGGAAAGCCCGACACUGCCGAACAUGCGCGGGGGCGGCUUCAGCCCGGAGAGAAGUAAUAGCCGUGUGAGCAAAAUUGGUCGCCAGAACUACCUCUCCAUGGGAACAAGCCCGAAGGGAAGACGACACACCCACUUGGCCAUCAAGACGCACAGAAACUCGAUUGCCAUGCCCAAGGCCCGGCUGGAGACAAACAAGUCAUUCGAUAGGCUACGAGCCACAGUCGAGGAGGAGGAGGAGGAGGCGGCGGGAAGUCCCCAGUUGGUCAGGGGGCCACGACCUAUGGUCUCGACACCGAAGGGGGCCGGAAGAGGAGGGGCGAGAGAGACAGGGGUGGCGGUGGAAAGUCCGGUUCGACGAAGGACUGCUCAUAUUGACGGGGAUGACCAGAGGUACAUGGACAAGGCAUCCAAGCGCAACAGCGAUUACGAGAGUGCGUCCGUUCUAGAAAUGUACAUCAAGGCGGCUCGAUUACUGGGCUCUCCGGACAAACCCGCUACUGGGGCCUAG